AUGAACUUGUCUGGUAAUGUCAUAAGGUCGAUCGGAUCAACAGACUUCAUAUUCUUUCCAAAGCUGAGUAUUUUGGAUCUUCAUUUGAACUCAAUAAAGGUAAUUCCAUGCUCAACAUUUCGUUUCCAGAACAAUUUGACAUUGCUUAAUCUGGGAAACAACAAGAUCUCCUCAUUACGCUGUCAAAUUGACUCUAAACGGCAAGGACAUCUCUCACUGAAUUACUCCAACCAACUUCCUUAUAAAGAUCGAGUGGAUACUUUUGAUGGACUUGGUGACCUUCAGAAACUGAGACUCAAUAGCAACAUGCUGACAAGCCUGAACAGUAGGUCAUUUGCAAGCUUAAAAUCGUUAAAGGCUCUUCACUUGGAAAACAAUCAGAUAAAGGUUUUGGAAACAGAUACGUUUAAAGGACUUUACAAUCUGAAUGAGCUGGAUCUCUCAGGCAACAGGCUGGUUCUACUCAAACCAUCAGACUUUGAAGGCUUAUCCAAACUGAAGGUGCUGAAAUUAAAUAGAAAUAAAAUCCUUAGGAUCCAAAGGAGCACUUUCAUACACUGCAAAGAAAUCACAGAGAUAGACCUACGUGACAAUUUCCUCACAGACAUGGAGCAGUCGGCUUUUCAUUGUUUAUCACAUCUAAAUAUUUUGAAGCUAAACAAUAAUAACAUUUCAUCACUGGAUCCCCAGGUAUUUGACAGCAAUGUUCAGUUGUCCUAUCUAGGAUUGAACGAGAACCCGUGGAACUGCAGCUGUGGGCUGCUUCGGAUAAAACAAUGGCUGGAAUCCACUGGCAGCACAACUGCCAGUGUGUUUGUGAAGUGCUGUCAACCAGACACUGUGAGAGGGCAGUACCUGGAUGUCAUGAGCAGUGCACUGACCCAGAGCCUGGGGAGCGUGUGCAGCCAAGCAGAGCUCUAUGUCCAACCCGGAACCAGCGAGUCUGCCCGAAACACAUGGAUGACAAAACAAGAUGUGUCCAGUCGCGAGAGCCCUCGUGCUCAGAGAAGGGUUAGACGGACCGUUCCGAGGCAGCUUGUCAAGCACACACCCGGCGGUGUGGAUGUACUGCAGUACCCUGAGCAACCAGCAGAUGCCACACAGACAAGAUCUGCUGCAAUAAGCACAGGGAAUGGAUCCUUUACCAGUGCACCCCAAGUCAGAAAUAUAUCUGGUGCAUGUGCUUACAAUGAACACAUUCUCCUCAAUCUGGGCUCAGUGACAGUCUCCUCAGAUUCAGUGUUCUUAAGAUGGACUGUGACUGGACAAGCCAACACAGGUGUUUAUUUCAGAAUCAUGUAUGAUCAGUUUGACACAAAGACAAAGUUCAGCCGCUUUGUCAACAUCAGGCAAGGUAUGGCGUGUAAGCUGAGUGACCUGCGGCCUGAGACCCCUUACUUCAUCUGCGUGGAGAGUGUGGUGGACGAGCGUGUCUGCCCAGUGGCCUCUCGUGAUCUUUGCGUAGGUGUGGUCACGGAGCCCGAGGUGUUGUCCGGCCCUGAGCCAGAGACGGUCAUCCUCAUCUUCACGGGCAUCAACAGCCUGUCCAUCGUGGCCAUCCUUGGCCUGCUGGCGUGUCUGGGGCUGGCGCUGCAGAAGAGAUUGCCCACUGACGCCGUGAGUUUGAUCUACGCCCGGAACAGAUGCGAGUCGUGCGCCAUGUGCACUGUCCAAAUGUCUGACCUCAACUCCGCCGUGAACACCAACAGCUCCAACACCGGAACAUACCAACCCAACGACGCAGAUGCCAUAGACCUGCCACCUGGACACUAAACAUAGUCAUUAGUAUAGUAUAGCAUGUUAUCAUACAUCAAAUAUACAAUAUUACAACAUUGUCAUGCAAGUAUAUCCUCUAAAUGGAGACAAAAAUCUGUUUCCAACCUGUAGAUUAUUUUCCUUGCACAUGGUAAGGAUACGAUGA